CUGGUGAUGCCCGGAGUGAGGGGGAGGAUGGCGGUGCUCCUCGUGCUGCUGACCCUGGCGGCUUGUGCUCAGGGACAGUGUCCGGCCGACUGUCUGACUUGUGACAGAAUGCUCCAACCAGCCCAGCGCUUCAAUAUCCUGGUGUGUGCACUGCGGUGUGAGGGGAAGCUGUGGGACGAGUGCCGGAGGGAGGAGACGGUGAAGGAGGGUGAGACGGUCCAGCCUGUGGGGAGCUGGCCUCUGGCGGGGGGCAAGGCUGCGGGGCUUGGGGUCUCGCUCAGCGUGGGUCAGAGCCAGCCUGGGGCUUGGGGGCUACACCCUGGAGGGGCUGUGAGCUCGGGGCCGGUCUGGCCCCUGGGUGACGGGCUGUACCUAUCGCCGCUCGGCCUCUCGGUGAGCGGGAAGAAGAGGGAUUUGGGGCCCAGGGCCGUAGAGGUCAACAGAAGCUUCCAGAAAAGAUACGGGGGCUUCAUGGGAGUGAGGAAAUCCAUCAGGGACUGGAGGACCCUCAACAGACAGAGCAGCCAGAAGAGAUACAGCAAGGCCUUACUGAGGCGUUACUUUGGCCUGGCAGCUCGCUCCAGCCAGUACCAGAGCUCGGCAGCUCAGCUUAAUCAGUAACUAACCCCAGCCCGGCCCCCACUAACUAGCCCUCAGCCCCCAGUAAC